CUGCAUCGACAAUAACAACAACAAAAUGCGCCAGGCUAUCGCGCGUAUCGGCGACGUUUUGAGGGCGGGCCCGUCGAGCAGGUCACUGUCGACCAGCGCCGUGCGGGAAAAUUACCCCUUCUCCAACCGCGCCGUCUUCCCCGCGUCGACGCUGUCGUCCCCCGAAAUCCCGGCCAACCUCAUCUCCCCCAAGAACGGGUGGAGCGUAGUCACGCACCAGAACGAGGCGCUCAAGAAGGCGUACGACGGCGCCGGCGUGCUCAAGACGCUCUUUGCGCGCCGCUCGGCCCAGCGCAUCAAGACGGGCUCGGUGCUCUCCGUCAUCUCGUACAGCAACCCCGCCAAGACGGGCGUCACCCCCUUCUCGGGCGUGCUCAUGGGCGUCAAGCGCCGCGGAGUCGACACGAGCUUCACCCUCCGCAACGUCGUCCAGAGGACCGGCGUCGAGAUGAACUUCAAGGUCUGCUCCCCCAUGAUCAAGGAGAUCAAGGUCAUCCGCCGCGCAGAGGGCCGCAAGUCGGGCAUUAGGGAUCUCCGCCGCGCAAAGGCCACCUACCUCCGCGACCGCCCCGGUGUCAUGUCCCAGAUUGCAGGCGCCCUCAAGGCCAGCACCCGCUCAUAGCCUCGCCGUCUAUGGCUCCCGGCUCAUACUCAUCGGAUACGUGGCAUGCAUA